GGAGUUAUGACUUUUUCAUAUUAUCUCCUGGGAAAGGACCACUUCCAAAAUAAGGUACUCUAUGGCCUCAUCAUGAGGUCUCUAUGGAAAGUGACAGAUCCAGGUUCCAACCAUUUCAACAUCAGGAGAAAAGUGGAUUCAGGUCUCAGAAGUUGUUGAAAAGUUUCCUGCAGUCUGAAAUGACAGAGAGUCUUGUAUAAAGGACGCCCCUAUUUUACACCUAAGGAAUAUUGCUUAAUAGGUAUUAAUUUGAAGAAAUACAUUGUGUGGGAAGGCUUUUGACAGACUACCAACCUUCUGAACACCCAGAGAGCAUUUAAUUUUUGUCUGAACAGAAGCACCUAAUGCCACUGCACGUGCUACAAUGGAAACUCUAAGACAAAUACAAAGUUUUGGUACCUGUGUUACCUGUACGUAUCCUAUAGCAUCCGGUAUGGUGUUCGCCACUCUUCUAGUUUCUUGCUGCUCAUCUCUGAACAUAAGAGCUCGUCCACUUGUUUCUAAUUCACCUUUCCUUUCAAUCUGGAAUGCUCCUACAGAACUUUGUACUGAAAGGAUUGGAGUGCAGCUGGACAUGAAAUUUUUUUCUCUCAUUGGUAGCACACUGAAGACAUCCAUUGGGCAAAACAUCACUCUCUUCUAUCCAGACAGGCUUGGCUACUAUCCUUACAAAAAUGAACUCACAGGAGAGGCAUUCAAUGGAGGACUCCCCCAACUCUUGCUGCUGGAGAAUCAUUUAAAAAAAGCCAAAGAAGACAUCCAGUUCUAUAUUCCUUCAGAUGAACAGUUUGGAUUGGCUGUCAUUGACUGGGAAAACUGGAGACCUGUGUGGAUAAGGAACUGGGGAUCAAAAGACAUUUAUAGGCAGGAAUCCAUUGAACUGGUUCAGCAGAGAGACCUCAGUCUAUCAGAAGCCGAAGCUAGGACUAUAGCUAAAAUGGAAUUUGAAGCUGCAGCAAAAUCAAUUAUGUUGGAAUCUUUAAAGCUGGGCAUAGAAAUGAAGCCAAAUCGUCUGUGGGGAUAUUACCUUUAUCCAGACUGUUAUAACUAUGAUUACAAACAAAACCCACAUAAUUAUACGGGAACCUGUUUAGAUAUUGAAAUAGAAAGAAAUAAUGAGCUUAAUUGGUUGUGGGAGGAAAGCACAGCACUUUAUCCAUCUAUCUAUCUAGAGACAGCCUUAAGAUCUUCCAGAAAUGCCCAGCUCUUUGUUCGCAACAGAGUUCAAGAAGCCAUUAGAAUUUCCUAUGUUUCUAAUUCUACCCAUCCCCUUCCAGUUUUUGUAUAUACACGUCCAGUAUUCACAGAUGUCUAUGAAGAGUAUCUCUCCCAGGAUGACCUGGUAAAUACCAUCGGAGAAUCUGCUGCACUGGGUGCUUCUGGAAUUGUGAUCUGGGGUGAUAUGAAUUUAACACAAAAUAAGAACACCUGUAGAACUCUGGACAACUACCUUAGGAGGACUUUGACCCCGUACCUCAUCAAUGUCACGAUGGCAGCCAGAAUCUGUAGCCAAGUGUUAUGCCAAGACUCUGGUGCUUGUGCACGGAAAAAAUGGAAUUCCAGUGACUAUCUUCACUUGAACCCUGAGAAUAUUGUCAUUCAAAUGACAAAGGAUGGAAAAUACACUCUGCAAGGGCAACCAGCAUUUCAGGACCUGCAAACAUUCAUAGAAAAAUUUGAUUGCCACUGUUACGCAGGGCACAGUUGUGAACCUAGAACUGAUAUAAAUGACAUCCACUACCUCCGUGCUUGCAUUUCAGAAGAUAUUUGCAUUCAGCUAUCCUCAAAUUCACUUUCUAAUAUAGAAGCCUCUGAAGAAAAGAUCCUGUCUAACAGAACUGUAUUUUCAUUUACCUCUCAGAAUAAGGUGACAUUAUCUACACAUCCUGAAAUAGAUUUCCAAUCUACCUUUGGAAAUAAUAUACUCAAUACAACAACUGCAGAAUAUAGCACUGUCACAGCUGCCACUAGAUAUGAUUUAGAAGCAAAUGACACUCGUACUUUCAGUAAUUCUUCAUCCUAUAAGAUAAGGAUGUUUAAUCUGUUUUGUUUAAUUCUAAUUUUGAGAACCUUAAUAUAAAUGACCCACAAAAGUGAGAAUAUUCUUUUCCCUGUCUGUGUUUGAAAUUCUAAAGGGUUUAUUUACAAAGAGAAAUCAUUCCUGAAAGGCAUAUGGUCUUAUCUGUAUCAGGUAACUUUUUCUAUUCCAUAGGUGACACUUCAGCUUGAAUGUAUUUCUUCAGUUUAGUUCUAUAAACUACUAUUUGUGCCAAAGAUAUACUGGUCUGUAUAUACUGAUUAUACCAUAUGAAAGGAUAAUCCAGAAUAAGGAAUAUUUUUUUACAGUUUACAUUUUUAACAGUUAUAUUUGGAAAAAAAAAAGUUCAUAAUGCUGUUUUGUAUACUUCAAGUUAAGCCAGUUAAAUACAUCUCAACCUGGAUUUCAUUGAGUCUCAGCAGUCAACAGGUUUGAUGUUCUAUACAGGAAUUAAUUUCAUUCCAUAUGAAAAUUAGGUCUUAAAAAUAUUUGGCUUAACUUUAGAUCAGUGGGACUUUGCAGCAUAAAAUUUAUCUGAUUAAUGUAAUGUUUUUCCACUUUUCACAAUAUCUACAGGGACACUGUGUUUUUUCUUUUAAUUAAAUAUAUUCAUAACUCUUCAAAAGGUUCUAACUUUAAUGUAAAUGUUGACUUCAAAUAUUACAGCUUCAUUAUUUAAAAUUGGAGCUGUAGUGGUUUAUCCUUCUUUCUUUCUUCUCCUCUUCUUCUCCCUAGCCCUCCCCCUUAUUUCAGAUGUCCCCUCCUUGGCUUUCAGUUGUUUCGUCUGGCCGGUACUCACACCUCAUCUGAUCUGCGGCAGCACUCCCUACCGGCACUGGUCACCAGUCCUAGUUUCUCCGUCCAGCCAUUCCCAGCAACUGGACAGGACUGUCUGUGCCAUUUGGUGAGAAGCCUGUAAGCGUGGGACUUUAUGCCUGUUUCCUCAGCACCCUCUUUGGUGGAAACCCUCUUUUGGUUUGUUCCUUAGGAAAACCCAGCAGCGGAUGCUGCAAGAUGCAGUGAUGCUGGGGACCUGGGACUCCCUUUUUUCACUUCCAGUGCCCCUGAUCCUCAAUCUCAGGACCACCUUUUUAAUCCAGUCUGCCGACAGAACUAUUUGCUUAAUAUUAUUUCAUUGCCAAAAGCAGCAUUAAAGUAGCAGAGAUGAUACCUCAGAAGAAAACUACUCUCAGUAUCAUAUCAAGAGUCUAGUUAUGAUUUACACAUAGUCAUUUUAAGCAUUUAGAAGCAAUUAACUGCAGUUUAUUUGAUAAAAUAACCUUUUCAAAUUAUUACGUAGGAUGCUUAAUAGACGGCUGGACUUCUGGUGGGUGAAGAGUGGCUGCUGGCAUGGAUAGAUUAAAAAAGUCUCCCUAGAGCUAGGCGUGAUCUGCAUAAAUAAAUCACCACCUCCCACAGAUACAACCUGCCUCACUAAUGGAAAUACCUGGCAUUUCAAUAUAGUAGCCCUUUAUUUACGAAAAGUUCAUGUCAUAAUCUAGCAGAAAACACAUAUUAUAUCCAUUGACUUUGAAUUUUCAGGUUGUCAGUCGUAACAGACGUGCAGAAAAAUAGAUGAAGCCUUUAGAUCUAACAUGGAGAAAUUACGUUUUAUGGCCUUUGGACAGCAAGUUAUCAAGAGGAAGUGACAAUUUUCUCAUCGCAGUUAUGGUGUUGAGUCUAAAAGUCAAAGCUAUUUCUGCCAUUAAUGUUCCAAGUAGAAUCAUGAAUAAAAUAUAUAUAUAUAUGUGAAGCAGACUGUCUGGCACAAAAGAAGCCAGUUGGUUUUGAUCACCUCUGUAAAAACGUGUUUUUUUCACUGCAGCUUUGAUAUUGCUUAUUUGAUCUUGGGUAAACAAAAGCCGUGGUAUCAUAAUUCCUGUACCUGAGGUCCCUCCCUUUCACAGUGCAGUUGUGAUAACUAUCAAAGGGUUUCUAAAAACUGGAAACAUCACUGGUAAUGCUUUAUCAUAUGAUGUAUGACUUAUAUGAAGUUCUAUUUUUUCAGCAGAAUGCUUUAACAUGGCUAAAAUUUUAUGUUGGCACACAGAGUCCUAGUUUACAGGCUGCACUGCUUUGUUAAAUGUUUGGCAAAGUUUCCUGAGGUUAGGCUUGUUUGUAUCUAGCACUUUGAAAGACUCUGGAUCUGUAGCACUUUGUGAUAAGAGAGCUUACAGGUUCACAAAAUCUACAAGUCUUGCCAUAAAUAUUUUUGACUAUCAGCAAAGUAACAGCAAGCAGAGCAUUUGUGACGGGGAAAGCGUGAAAUCACCAGAAAAGGAGGAUGAGAAGUUAAAAUCACACAAGAGUUGAGACACAGCACCCAGGACCUCCCAGGAAACACAGAGGAAUUGAACUGCGAAUGUGAAAGAGUGAAGCACUACGGAAUGUGGACAGACCAGUCUCUUCCCAUUCAACAGAUUUUAUCUACCUGGCAGUUAAUACCAACAACCUUUCCCGGAGGGCUGCUGUAUAGAUAUGUUAGAUUACACCUAUCCAUCUGAUCCCAUCUCUUUUUUCUUGAGAGCAGCCAGGACCAGAAAAGUAAAAGGAGGGUUAGAGGAAAGCAGAUGCAAUAAACUAUCCACAGAAAUGUGUCUUCCUAAGCGCCACCCAUCAAUAGCUAUCUGUCUUGUGCCCUGAUGGACAAUGCUUUACCAGCCACCUUUCGAAUGUUCAUUUGGGAUAUUUAUGUUACCUACAUGUAUCUGCAAUUCAGGCUUUAAAUCCUACUAACUUCUUGUCAUAGUCAGAUUCAGGCCAGCUACCUGCUGUGUAAAAUUACAGUAUUUUCCAAAUAUAUUAUUUUGCUCUG